UUGCAUCUUGUCUCGACGGGCGACGGCGCUAGAGCGAGGCGACGAUGGACCUCGUCGUCGGCGCCUCAAACGACGCCGUGAAAUCCCUCGUGAGCAAGCUCGGGUGCCUUCUCGCGCAGGAGUACACCCUGGUCCGGGGUGUCCGCGAUGACAUUCAGUACAUCAACGACGAGCUGACCAGCAUGCAGGCCUUCCUCAGCAGGCUCAAGCGGGCACCGGGCGGCCACGACGAGCAGCGGCAGGACUGGAUGAAGCAGGUGCGGGAGGUGGCAUACGACAUCGAAGACUGCGUGGACGACGUCGGCCACCGCCUAGACAGCGAGCCGCGUGGCAGCGGCCCGUUAAUGUACGCCCGGCGGGCGUGGUAUCUGCUGACCACGCUGUACGCGCGCCGCUGCAUCGCCACCGAGAUCGGCAACCUCAAAACCCGGGCGCAGCACGUCAGCGAGCGGCGCACCAGGUACGGGGUGGAGAACCCAGCAAACGGCAGCGAUCUCACCGGUCCGGACGGUCCCCGAGACCGCCCUACGCCUCCUCCCCAGCUCAUCGGCACCAAGGCGCCUGUGGGCAUAGAGGACGCCAUGGACAUUCUCAAGCCGUGGUUUGCCGAGGAGACGCAGGGCACCAAUUCUCAGCUGAGGUUCCUCGCCAUUGUCGGGUUUGGUGGCCUUGGCAAGACCACACUCGCCAUGGCAUUGUACCGCGAGUUUGGAGACAGAUUCGCUCUCAGAGCAACUGUGCUCGCAUCACAGAAGUUCCAUCUCCGCACUGUUCUGAAAAGCCUUGUCAUGCAUCUCCAUGAGCAGCAGUCCGGUGCUUCCAAGAAUGACCUCGACGGAAUUGAGGAAUGGGGAGUAGAACAGCUCAAAAAGAAGCUUGCCGGUCAACUACAUGAGAAGAGGUACCUUAUCUUGAUAGAUGACAUAUGGUCUGUAUCGGCAUGGGAAAAUAUUAGGGAUUCUUUGCCCAAAAAUGAGAAAGGCGGUACCAUAGUGGUGACAACAAGGUUCAAAUCUGUGUCCGAAGCCUGUCGCCGAUAUAAUGGUCAUGUCUAUGAGCACAAGCCGCUCCAUGAAGACAACUCCUACAAGUUGUUCCGUCAAAUUAUCUCCAGUGCUCCUAAUGAUCCCACCGAUGGUGCUAGAGUUGUUCUGAAGAAAUGUGGAGGUCUUCCUUUGGCGAUAAUUGUAGUAGCAGGGCUCGUGGCUAGUAAACUAAAAUCAGACACAGACCCGGAAGUAGAGCGCCAUUUGGCCGAAGUGGGAAAGGAUUUAAGUGAGGAAUUGGGGAAUAAUCUCACCACGGAAGGAGUGACUCACAUACUCAACCACUGCUACAAACACUUGCCAGCUGAUCUCAAGACUUGUUUGUUAUACAUGAGCAUGUUUCCCAAGGGAUGCUGGAUCAGCAGAAAGCGUCUAAUCAGAAGAUGGAUAGCUGAAGGGUUCAUAAAUGAGAAGGAUGGAAAGCCCAUCGAGGAAGUCGCCGAAGGCUGCUUCAAUGAACUCGUUGGCAGGAACCUAAUCCGGGCAGUCAAUAACAGCAGCAAUGGCAAAGUGAAGAGCUGCCAGAUUCAUGACAUGGUUCUCGAGUACAUUGUCGCCAAGUCAAGUGACGAGAAUUUCAUCACCGUUGUUGGUGGCCACUGGCAGACGCCAUUUCCGACCUACAAGGUACGGCGGCUGUCCAUCCAUAAGAGUGACGCGAAAGAGAAGGAAAUGGUCGAGAGGAUGAAAUUAUCGCAUGUCCGAUCCUUAACGGCAUUGGGGAGUUUCAAGGCUCUUCAUUCUACUUUGCUCAAGUUUCAGAUACUGCAAGUAUUGGAUCUUGAGGAUUGCAAGGACUUGUCCUUCAAUCAUCUCAAAAAAAUAUGCAAGAUGCAUCAGUUGAAGUACCUGAGCCUGCGCCGGACGGACAUCGAGAAUGUCCCAAGCAAGAUUGGCAGGAUGGAAUAUUUGCAGGUACUUGACAUAAGGGAGACGAAAGUAAGAAAGCUACCUGCAUCAGUUGAGAGGCUACAGCGAAUUGUGCAUCUACUUGCUGGAGACAAGAGUAAGCGGAUUGCAUUGAUGUUAACUGAAGGGAUCACAAAGAUGACGGCUCUACAGACACUAUCUGGGGUUGAGAUUAUUGGCUUGGCUAAGGAACUGUGCCCACUUGCAGCCUUGGAGAAUCUCACAAAUCUGAAGAAGCUCACCAUUUACAAACUUCAAAGCUUCACCAAUGGUGACAACAUUUUACUGUUGUCUGCCAUUGAGCAUCUGAGCAGUUGCUCCCUCAAGUUUCUUGCAAUCGACGAUGAUUUCACCGGCUUCCUUGACAGCUCGCUCAAUGCUUCACAAGCACCCCCGGAGCACCUGCACACCCUCGGUCUCUCCGGCAUGUUGUCUCAAGUGCCCAAGUGGAUUGGCAGUUUGCACAACCUUGAGAAGCUAACCUUGUCGCUAACUUCACUCACGACAGAUACUCUGCUUGUUCUUGCUGAGUUGCCCGAGCUGUUCUCUCUAAUUUUCUCACUCGACGCUGCCAAAGGAAAUCCAAAUGUUCUCAAAAUUCUGCAUAAUAAUACACUCAAGUCAGGAGGGACGAUCUUUGUGCUAUCUGGAGGGUUCAGAAAGCUUAAACUGCUACGUUUCGUGACACCGAUGCUUCCACUUCUGAGCUUCGUGGAUGGGGCAAUGCCAGAGCUUGAGAGGCUUGAACUGAGGUUCAGAAUGUUUGAGGGUGUUUACGGCCUGGAAAACCUUGCAAGUCUCCAGCAGGUGCUCCUGACUGUCAGCAGUCAGGCACCUGAAGAUGCCAAGGCGAAGGCAUCUCAGAUCAAGGUAUUAGCAAGCUUGAUUCCGAAUGUUCCCAGUCUGGUUAUCGAUGAGUACAACGAAUCAUCAAAAGAGCAGUAGAUUAUCCAAUCAUAAUCUGCACAAUUACAGUGAGAUUUUCAUCGUUGUGUUGUAUUUGUAAUACGUUACGCCAUUGAUGGGACCUUUUCUGUUUGUACAAUUUUCUGAA